GCCUCCAGUGCUGGUUCCAACUGGGGCAGCUUUGGGGAGGCACAGGGACACAGAAAACUCACCUUGCCUCCCUCACUCACACUGUGGAGAGGAAUGGUGCUCUGCGGGCCGGAGGGGCAGAAUGCCUCUUCCCACCCUUCUGCUCUCCACGUGGGAGUUGUGAGAGGCCCAAGAACGCCUUUCUCUUCUCCUGGGGCGGGCUGUGCUCGGCGGGAGGCGGACGGAGCUGCUGCAGGAACGUAAUCCGCAAUGCUAGUUCUCAGGUUGCUCAAUGUUGUCGCUCCAGCCUACUUCUUGUGCAUCUCCCUAGUGACCUUCGUCCUCCAGAUCUUUGUCUUCAUCCCCAGCAUGUUCAGAGACCCUUCCACCACCCCACUUUUCUCGCCUGCUCUGCUGCAUGGGGCCCUCUUCCUCUUCCUCUCAGCUAAUGCCCUGGGCAACUACGUCCUUGUGAUCCAGAACUCCCCCGAGGACUUGGGCAAGGACUUUAACUUGGGCAAAGGAGCCGAAGUGGCAGACUGGCUGGAUGGAAGCAGGUCCCCUGGCUCAGCCUUGCCUGGCACUCACUUCUGUAGACUGUGUUCCAGAGUCACCCAGAGGCAUGACCACCACUGUUUCUUCACAGGGAACUGCAUCGGGAGCAGGAACAUGCGAAACUUCAUCAUGUUCUGCCUCUACACCUCCCUGGCUUGCCUUGACUCCCUGGUGGCAGGCAUGGCUUACAUUUCUGCUACACUUUCCAUGUCCUUUGCGGACCCACUGGCCUUCCUCACUCUUCUGCCUCACUCCAUCAGCCAGUUCUUCUCAGGAGCUCUCCUUAGCUCUGAGAUGUUUGUGAUCCUCAUGCUCUACCUCUGGCUUGGGAUUGGACUGGCGUGCGCCGGCUUCUGCUGCCACCAGCUGCUGCUGAUCCUGCGCGGGCAGACGCGGUACCAGGUGCGGAAGGGAGUGCUGGUGAGAGCCCGGCCCUGGAGGGACAACCUGCAAGAAGUCUUUGGCAAGAAGUGGCUGCUUGGACUUCUCAUCCCUGUGCAGAAUGUGGAGAGUAGCUACCGUAGGCAGAAAGAGAAAUAAAAUCCCCGCGCGUGUGUGUGUGUGUGCAUCCCACGCACACAACACCUUCCCUGCUCUCUCCCACUGUCUCCUGGAUCACUACAGAGCUGGGCUACUCCAUCUUUUGGGAUUGCAGUCGCUGUGGGAGGAAAGGAUGGGCUAUCAAACAGAAUAAAUUAAGCAUAUUUACGUGGAAAUCACAAACCAUGUAGAUGAGAUGCUCCAGCUUAGUAGUCACAUCACUGCACCUGCAUAGGUGGCAACAGCCUUUGAACUAGCAGAAAACUUAGUCAGACCCUCCUGUGGCUUCCUGUCAGAAUCCCUCAGUCCCCAGCCCUAUUAGUUACUCUAUAUAGUCUUAAAAAACUGCAUCAGGAGCCUGGGUUGUUGUGGAAGACUGUAAAAAUGGUGUCUAGUCUUAGGGAGGUUUUCGUGGAGUGGCUCUUUGGCACUUAUAUACAUUAGGUAACUUCACAUGAGAGCAUCACUGCAGUAUUGUUUGGACAGUGAUCUCAGGUACAUGGUGCCAUUCUCAAGAUUGUCCUAUUCAGGGCAAAGAGUUGGAUUUCAAUGAUCCUUGUGGGUCCCUUCCAUCUCAAGAUAUGAUUCUUGAUUCACAAUACUGACAAGCCCUUAAUGACAGAACUGCAAUGCAAUCAAGUUGUCCUAGGAACAGGCUAUGAACAUGGUUAAUGCAUCAGAUAAACCUGCUCUCCACAGGCUAGAAAAUAAGGAGAAAAACAAAAAGAAAUGGAGAAUUUCUCAUUCCUGUUAUUGAUCUGUUCCCUAUACAAUGAUAGGUCAAGACUGUAGCUGUGCUGCUUAUUUUUAGCAAUUCUUUGUCCAAUGACAGAGUCUGGGCAAAGCUGCCCUUCUGACAGGGAGCAGCAAGCAGAUAAAUCAUGGUCAGAUGGAGGGACAAGGAGAGGAAACCACAAAGAUGAAUGAAAAUGCGGUGUUUGAGAAGCUGUGUGAUGAGACAGGCUAUGCAUACCUGUGAGCGAGACAGAGGGAAGUGUGGCCACACAGCAAGCACUUGGGAGGGUGCCAGGAGCGUUGCUGCUGUGUCAGAGCCCUGAUGCAUCACCCUCUCACAGGGAACACCUGCACCAUUAGGGCUGUGAAGUGUUCAAAAUUCCAGAAAACAAGGCAGUUUUCCAACCCAUCAGGCCACUUCAUUUUGCACUAAAACAAACAGAAAAAUGCUUUUCUCAGACAUCCCUGCCACACUUUAGUUACAGGCUCUCCAGGGCAAUUCCCUCUCGCGUUGCUGCAGAGGGGUAAAAUUAUCCAUAUUAUAACUCCAUUAAGGGUGUUAAUAGAAUUACUACAGGGAUUAAUCAACUUCAUGUGUCUGCUGCUUUUUAGCCGCAGCAGCAGCCCAUUAGAUCAGUGCUGAGAUCCUGUGCUUACAGAUGUCUUAACAAAGGAUACCACAACAUCUCUACCAGGGUCAGAGCACUGGAUUCCCCAGCAGCUGCAAGAGAGAAGCCUCUGCUUUGGCAAACUGCAUCAGCUUAUGUGGGCUGGGUAGGAAUCCAUUGCUUCUCUUUAAUAGGCUGAAUGGGAGUAUGCUGACAAGCCAUGAAAAAUGUUAUUUCUUCCUCAGAAAGGCUCUUGGUGCGUUCCUGGUAGUGGAAUGCCCCUUGCUUUUAUCCUUGAGUUUCUCACAGGCCAGAAUGGAGUCACUAAUUUCUAUAGGCUUUGUAACCAUCUUUGACUACUUUACACUUGAAUACACGUUUGAAUCAAUAACAAACAAAGUAUAUUGUGAUGAGCAGAAUAACCUUGAAAAUAUACUGGAAAAACCCUUAGCUAGAUAACUAAAACACGGAGGAUAUACAUCCUUCCACACUGUGUGUGUUCGCAUGAACACACAAUUGUUUCUGUGGGUAAUAUGAUGUAUUUUCUCUAACAGUGAAAAAUAAAAGGUAUUCUGAUUUUUUACAUGA